ACGGUGGAAAAUUACUUAGAAAACUGCUAUUCCUAAUAAGAUUUUAUUUUAUUUUUAUUUUUAUUUUUAUUUUUUGAAACCCUAGGUUUUUUUGAGAUCAAGUCCCACUUCUUACCUCCUUCUUCACAAAUAUUAUUUCAAAACUUGUGGUGGCUAUAUAUAAAUUCUCACACUCCUGCUCUUUCCCAGCCCUUCUUUUCUCUGCCUCAUUCUUUUUUAGGGGUUUUCUUCUUCUUCACCUUCACCUUUUCCGCUCAGUUAGCUAUGUCGGACGAGGAGCACCAGUUUGAGUCCAAGGCCGACGCCGGAGCUUCCAAGACCUACCCUCAGCAAGCCGGUACUAUCCGCAAGAACGGUUACAUUGUCAUCAAGGGCAGGCCCUGCAAGGUUGUUGAAGUUUCCACUUCCAAAACUGGAAAGCACGGUCACGCUAAGUGCCACUUUGUUGCAAUUGAUAUCUUCACUGCCAAGAAGCUGGAAGAUAUUGUUCCAUCUUCCCACAAUUGUGAUGUCCCCCAUGUUAAUCGUACUGACUACCAGCUGAUUGAUAUCUCUGAGGAUGGAUUCGUGAGUUUGUUGACUGAUAAUGGAAAUACCAAGGAUGACCUGAAGCUUCCAACUGAUGACAGUCUUCUCACGCAGAUCAAGGAUGGAUUUGCUGAGGGGAAGGAUCUUGUUGUGUCUGUCAUGUCCGCAAUGGGAGAGGAGCAGAUCUGUGCCCUUAAGGACAUCGGCCCCAAGUAGUUCAUUGCUUGUUGCUUAUUAAAAAUGUUUUUUAUUUUAAGACCAUAAAUUUAUUAUGAUACAGCUUUGUUGCUGAGGGUUUUAUUUGCGUUGAGAAUCUGUGGUCACCUUUUUUUUUCUAGCAAAUUAUUCUGAUUGAGAAGCUGCCUGGGUCCAAGUGCGAUGCUACCAAAAUUAUCAUGUUCAACUUCAAUAUAUAUAUUUUUUUUCUAA